AUGGAUGACGGAGGAAAUCAGGACGGGAAGAUUGAAUUAAAAAUAGACGAAAUAGUAAAGAUAUUAGGGCUUACCUGGGACAAGGAAUCGGACUCCUUUCAUUACUCAGUUCAACUUUCUCUUCUGCAUGAUGUUUAUACAAAACGAAAGGUAAUUUCAGACAUUGCCCGACUUUAUGAUCCGUUAGGAUGGCUGUCACCUUGUAUUGUUUCAGCUAAGUUAAUGAUACAAAAACUAUGGUUAGCUGGUAUAGAUUGGGACGAGGCAUUACCUGAUGAUUUGUUGGCACAAUGGCUUACUUACCGUUCUGAGCUCAACGAUGUCAGCAGGGUUAUAAUACCAAGGUGGAUAGGAAGUAAAAUUGACAGUUUUAAAGAAUUACACGGUUUCUGUGAUGCAUCUUCUGUAGCGUAUGCUGCAGCGGUUUAUCUCAGGUGCAUUACUGAAGACGGUAAAAUUGAAAUACACCUUGUAGCUGCUAAGACCAAAGUGGCGCCAGUAAAGCAGGUUUCAAUACCUCGGCUGGAGUUACUAGGUGCAGUUCUACUUGGAAGGCUUUUAACUGAAGUAGCCAAGGUGUUGAGUGUAGAGAGCAAGAAUGUUCAUGGAUGGACUGAUUCAACGGUUGUCCUGGCUUGGUUGAGUAAGCAUCCAAGUAACUGGACAACAUUCAUAGGCAAUAGGACAUCAGACAUAUUGUCAAAAUUAGACAAUACGCAAUGGGCUCAUGUUCAAACUCAACACAAUCCCGCUGAUGUCGCGUCCAGGGGAUGUGCACCUCUAGAACUUGCUGAAAAUAGUUUAUGGCUACAUGGCCCAUGGUGGUUACAAAAUUACUAUAUAGAAUAUGCACGGCCAAAAUCUAUAUCUACUGAUUUAGAGGAACGAACUAUUAAAACUCACCUUGUAAAAGAUACUGCAAUAGAUGUUCCAAUUUGGGAUAGAUUUUCGUCCCUUCAGAGGAUGAUUCGUGUCCUCGCAUUCUGCCGAAGAUUCUUAAAAAUCAAGGAGGUCAACCAAAAGCUCCAUAAGUUUGAGUCAUAUUUAACUUCCGUAGAGCUUAAUGAAGCUCUUGAUCUCUGUAUAAAAGAGUGUCAGAGAAGGGAGCUUGAAGUGGAAAAUACUCAACUGAAACGACUGAACUGUUAUCAAGAUGAUAGAGGAAUUAUAAGAGCACAGGGCAGAAUUAACAAAGCUCACCUUCCCGAUGACACCAAACAACCUAUCAUUCUUCCAAACAAGAGCAAUUUUACCAACUUAAUCGUUGAUGAUGCACACAAACGAACAUUACAUGGUGGCCCGUUGUUAAUGUUGAACUUCUUACGCACGAAGUACUGGAUAAUUGGUGCUAAAAGCUUGGUAAAAAGACAUGUACAUAAAUGCGUGACAUGUAUUCGAUAUAACGCAUCAACAAAAAAUCAAUUAAUGGGCCAAUUACCAUCUGCUAGAGUUAUGCCAGCGCGAGCAUUUCUUAACAGUGGUGUAGAUUUUGCUGGCCCAAUUAAUAUACGAAUGACCAAAGGUCGCGGAAACAAAAGCUAUAAAGGUUAUAUCAGUCUUUUUGUGUGUAUGGUCACUAAGGCCAUCCACUUAGAAGUAGUUAGCGAUCUCACUGCUGACAGUUUCAUAGCAGCCUUUAAGCGAUUUGUUGCUCGGAGAGGUCACGUAAGCGAUAUUUGGAGCGACAACGGAACUAAUUUUGUGGGAGCGUCUAAAGAAUUGAAACAAAUAGUUGAUAAUUCUUCUGUAGCCACUGACAUUCGCGAAUGGCUUAGUAAUCAAAAUGUCACUUGGCACUUCAUUCCCCCUCAUGCCCCUAAUUUCGGAGGUCUAUGGGAGGCAGGGGUGAAGUCAACUAAAUUUCAUUUAAAGCGUAUCAUGGGUGACUCCACCCUUACUUUUGAGGAGAUGACCACAGUUUUGUCGCAAAUCGAGGCAUGCCUCAAUUCAAGACCAUUGUCGAUCUUACCUGGAGACACUACAGACCCCUCACCACUCACUCCAGGACACUUCCUAGUUGGAGAACCACUUGUAGUUAUCCCUGAAGCUAGUUAUGAGCAAAGUAACAUCAGCACACUUAAGCGGUGGCAAUUGACGCAGAGAAUGAUGCAAAAUUUUUGGCGUCGUUGGUCAAACGAGUAUUUAACGCAUUGUUUACAACGCUACAAAUGGUCAAAACUUACCCCGGAACCUCAAAUAGGAGAUGUAGUUCUUGUUAAGGAGGAUAAUCUUCCACCGUCACGAUGGUUGUUAGGUAGAAUAGUUACAAAGCAUCCUGGCUUGGAUAACAUUGUUAGGGUCGUUACAUUGAAGUGUAAGGGAGUGCUUCUCAAAAGAGCAACAUCCAAACUUUGUGUUUUACCAAUAGCAGUUUAA